AUGACAAACAAGAAAGAUCUGGGACAUCUUUCUGUUUCAGAGGACAAGAGAUCUUCGAAGCAUGUCUCUGAGGUUAACAACAGGUUGAUUUCCACAGAGGAAAUCAUGACACAGCUUACAUUGGAUCUAACCCUCGAAGAGCCUAAAGACUCUACCGGCAUUAGAUUGAAUGACAAAAAUAGCAGUCACUUGAAAGAUAAAGAAUCUCACAGAAGUAGCGUCCCUUUUUCUGCUCGAGAUUUAGCCCCAAGACUCACGUAUGACACUAUAGAGGAAUACAUUUGUGAAAUGAGCAAUAAAAUAUACCUUGAGGAGAUCGGAAGUAUUCUGUCUUUUGAAGCCCCAAUUUUGACCGAAAAAGAUUUUUAUUUCGAAGAGAACAAAUGCCUUAAUUUUGUUCAAGAAUGCACCAUUUGCAUACGGAUGACGGAUGAAUUUAAAAAAACGUUUAUUUCAAAAAAAAUGGAUAUGAUGGGUAAGAACCCUUUUUUUUCAGGUCAAGUAAUGAUUUUUUUGCAACCAUACACUGAGCCUGACUUUUGGACCGUUGAUUUCACAAGAAUUGAAAACGAUGGCUCUCACGUAAAAUCCCCUAGCGUUCAACUUUUGAGUGUCUCAAUGAGCUCCAAUUCAUGGGCUAUAUCACGACUGUGCAGGGAACCAGACUAUUCGAAACUCAAGAUUUUACCUGUCUCGCUUCCCAAAAGCCGAUCAUUUUCAGCUUUCACAAGAUUAAAGACUUCUCCAUUUGUUGAUAUGCUCUUGGGCAAAACAUUCGAGCCACAACCUACGAGUCUUGAGGAGCGUUUAAACAUAUCACAGGACAAAAUGAAUGAGUCGCAAAUUUUGGCAAUUCGUUCAGUGUUGACAAAUCGCAUCACGUUAAUUCAAGGUCCUCCCGGAACAGGUAAAACGUCCACAAUCUGUAACAUGAUAUCGGAACUUCUAUUGAGAGGAAAGUACCCCAUACUAAUUGUUGCGGCCUCGAAUCAAGCAAUAGACAACAUUGCCGAGAAAUUGAUAAAAGUUCACAAAGAUUCGGUUUUGAAAAUUCUGGCACGAACGAGUGAAUUCAAGUACCCAAUGAGUCAUGUGUUAGGCCCAAUUUGUCUACACAACAAAAUAUAUGCACAAGCUUCACCAGAUAUACGAGUCUUGUUAGACGACAUAAAAUAUUGUCGCCAUCAACUCGAGCCUAAAGAAUACAAACAAGUGUUGGACCAGCAAAUAAGGUGCUCUCAAAAAAUAGUGGGUGAGAGCAAAAUAUUCUUGACCACUUCUGUUUCGGCGGGCGGAGUAAACUUACAGAAGCUUGGCAGAGUACCCAUCGUAAUUAUGGACGAGGCUACACAGUCUUCUGAAGUUGCCAGUUUGAUACCACUUACACUUAAUCAAGUCAAAAAAGUUGUUCUUGUUGGGGACGAGAAGCAAUUGAAUGGUUUCUCAAAUGUCCCAGGAUUAGCCUUUUCUCUUUUUGAGCGCAUUUUGGCUAAUAGAUCUUGCAAAAACUCCAUUUUUCUUGAUACUCAAUAUCGUAUGCAUCCUGCAAUCAGCGAGUUCCCCAGCCAGGAGUUUUAUGAUGGGAAGUUAAAGGAUGGAGUCACUGCUGAAAAACAUCAGAAGUACGGAAAUAUUUCACGUCCUCUUAUGUUUUGGGACACACAAAAACGAUGUCGUGAAGAGAGAGCAAUCUCCUAUUAUACGGGAGAUUAUGGGUCCACAUAUUGUAAUGUUGGAGAAGUCAAGCGCGUGGAGCAGAUUUUGGAAUAUUUUAUUGAAGUGAUGCAUGUCGAAAAAACAAACAUCGGUGUGAUAACUCCGUACAGUGGACAGCGUGAUCUCAUUUCUGAGUCAGCUUCAAAGAAUAAGAAGAUAAACCCUGAGGGAAAACGAACGGUGGAAGAAAGCAACAAUGACUACCUGGAAGAGUCCAAGCCGGCCACUGUUCAUUUGGUAUCAGAGAUCAUGAUUGCCUCGGUUGAUGCAUUUCAAGGUAGAGAAAAGGACUUUAUUAUAUUAUCAUGCGUCAGAUCCAAUGUCCAAAACAUUAUUGGCUUUUUGAAGGACAGGCGCAGACUAAAUGUGGCACUAACGAGAGCAAAAUUUGGUCUUGUUAUUGUCGGUGACCUCUAUUGUUUGAAGAGAGGGGACUGUUUGUGGAAGAGAUAUAUCAGUUAUUUGGAGAAGCGAAAAUUGGUUUUGAGUAAGUUGAAAUUCGAGUACGGCAGGUGCGAAUGAUGGAAGAUCCACUAGAUCUUGGAUACAUUGAUAAAGGGGCUCUACAGAAGAGUUUUGGUAAGUUAGAUAUCCUAGAUAUGUCGGCUGGGCAACUCCAGCCUAUACUUCACGUCAAGCAUAACAACCUCAAGUCAAAUUUGUAAGAGGUUUUGCUGGGAUUGUGCAUGUUUGUACUUCUAAUUGUCAAUGACGUGCUAAAAUAAUAAGCUGAGUUAAAUCCAACUUAUACAUAUGAUUGCGAAUAUGAAACGGGGGGGAGCCCUGGAAAUAGGAAAAGCA